GAGAGAGAGAGAGAGGGGGAGGGAGAGGGAGAGAAAGCAGCAAGGGAGGGGGCGAAGCCCAGCCGGGGCGCAGAGAGGCGCGCACGGGAGCGGGCUCGGCGGCCGCAGUCGGAGGCGCGCGGGAAGCCACCGAGGAGGAGGAGGAGGAGGAGGAGGAGGCGCCGAGAACCGGCGCUCGGAAGCCAGCGGGGCCGGAGGAGCGGAGCGGCGGCCCGGCAGGGGCGGCCAGCCAGCCGGAGGCCAGGCGCCCGCCCGCCCGCUCGCCCUCGCAGGGCGCCGCCGGCUCGUUGGCGGCCGCGGCGCGGCGCGCCCCAUGCCCGCGCGUGGCCAUGUCCUACCCGCAGGGCUACUUGUACCAGCCGUCCGCCUCGCUGGCGCUCUACUCGUGCCCCGCGUACAGCGCCGGCGUCCUGUCGGGGCCCCGCACGGAUGAGCUGGGCCGCUCGUCGUCGGGCUCCGCGUUCUCGCCCUACGCCGGCUCCACGGCGUUCUCGGCGCCCUCGCCGGGCUACAGCUCGCACCUCCAGUACGGCGCCGCCGACCCCGCCGCGGCCGCCGCCGCCGCCUUCUCCUCCUACGUGGGCUCUCCCUACGACCACGCGCCGGGCAUGGCGGGCUCCUUGGGGUACCACCCCUACGCCGCGCCCCUGGGCUCCUACCCGUACGGGGACCCCGCGUACCGCAAGAACGCCACGCGGGACGCCACGGCCACGCUCAAGGCCUGGCUCAACGAGCACCGCAAGAACCCCUACCCCACCAAGGGCGAGAAGAUCAUGCUGGCCAUCAUCACCAAGAUGACGCUCACCCAGGUGUCCACCUGGUUCGCCAACGCGCGCCGGCGCCUCAAGAAGGAGAACAAGAUGACGUGGACGCCGCGGAACCGGAGCGAGGACGAGGAGGAGGAGGAGAACAUCGACCUGGAGAAGAACGACGAGGACGAGCCGCAGAAGCCCGAGGACCGGGGCGACCCCGCGGGCCCCGACGCAGGAGGAGCUGAGCCGAAGGCGGCGGCCGCGGGCUGCGAGCGGCUGCAGGGCCCUGCCAGCCCCGCCGGCCAGGAGACCACCGAGGGCAGCCUCAGCGACUCGGAUUUUAAGGAGCCGCCCUCCGAGGGCCGCCUGGACGCGCUGCCCGGGCCCCCGCGCCCCAGCGGGCCCUCCGCCGAGGACCAGGGUCCCCACUAUCCUCCGGGCGCCCCGGCCGCAGGCGCGCACCCAGCCGCCGGGGAACUGCCGCCCGGGCCCUCGGUCAUCCACUCCCCGCCGCCGCCCCCGCCGCCCCAGGCGGUGCUCGCCAAGCCCAAACUGUGGUCCCUGGCAGAGAUCGCGACCUCCUCGGACAAGGUCAAGGACGGGGGCGGCGGCGGGGGCGAGAGCUCUCCGUGCCCACCGUGCGCCGGGCCCAUCGCCGCCGCCAGCCGCGCCUCGCCGGCCCCGGCGCCCCCGGCGCGCUCGCCCUCGGCGGCGCAGUGCCCCUUCCCGGGCGGGACGGUGCUGUCCCGGCCCCUGUACUACACGGCGGCGCCCUUCUACCCCGGCUACACGAACUAUGGCUCCUUCGGACACCUCCACCACCACGGCCAUCACCCCGGGCCCGGGCCAGGCCCCGCGACCACCACCGGCCCGGGCUCGCCUUUCAAUGGAUUAAACCAGGCGGUGUUGAAUCGGGCGGACGCUUUGGCUAAAGAUCCGAAAAUAUUGCUGCGGAGCCAGUCCCAGCUAGACCUGAGCAAAGACUCUCCCUAUGAACUGAAGAAAGGUAUGUCCGACAUUUAGCGCGGGCUGCGUCGGUCCCUUCCCGGACUUUCCUAAUUUAUUUAAAAACAAAACAAAACAACAAAACAAAACAGAAACAAAACAUGGCCUUGGCAGUUAUUUUUCCAUCCGCAAGAGAGAGAAAACGACCCCCUCCUAUUAAAAAGUUUAUAGUUCAUGGAGAUGGAUGACAUAAAAAUGUAAACAUCUCCACACACACACACACACACACACACACACACACACAGGUCUUAACCCACCGAAAAGAAAAGUUAAAGGGUUUGUAUUAAAUCGUAUUCUGUAUAUUUAAUGUAGCAUUUUGUAUUUAAAUGGAUAAUUCAAUAUCUUUGAAGUAAAUUAUGAAAUUCAGACACCU